AACUGUACUUUUUCUAUCUUGUAUCGAUAUUUCACAUCAAGAACGAUACCCUCUUGCCUUAGUUGCCUUCAUGUAUCGUUAACACCAUCUCUAUUGAAGAAAUAUAACAAACAAAGCAGAUAAAUUGAUAAAUAUACAAAAAAAAAACCUUUCUAUUUUAAUUCCUGCCAAUGACCUGUUGUUAAUUUGUUAUAUUGUUUUAUUGUUUAUUUUAGGCAUAAUAGUAUUUUUAAUAUUUAAUUUUUUCAAAAUGGAACAUACAUGCAGAUUAUGUUUAGAAGAAUCAAUUCCGUAUCAUAUUGACCUAUUACAUGAGAAAAACUAUACAGAAAUGAUACAAAGUUUAACUGGAAUUGAGGUCAAGCCUAAAGAAGGCCUACCCACAGUUGCCUGUACAAAAUGCUGCCAACAAGUUAAGGCUGCAAUAAAUAUUAAACAGCAAAUAAUUAACUCAAAUAAUAUUUUAUUAGAACAAUUAAAAACUAAUGCUGAUUUUCAAGAUACAAUAGUAAUUAAAAAUGAACUAAAACAAGAAUCAAUUAAAAAAACUAAAAAUGAAAUUAAAUUUACAAGCAAAAAACUAAAAGUUCAGCAAGAAAUUAAACCAGAAUAUCAACAACUUUUAAAAACCAUCAAUAAAAAAGACCGAAUUCCUUGUCCAGAAUGCAAAAGGGAAAUUUUUGGUAUCAAUCUAAAGAAUCAUUUAAUCACCCACAACUAUGCUCCAGUUUAUUGCGAUAUAUGCGGGAAAAUGUCAAAAAACGCUCAAGCCCUACAAGAUCAUAUUAAUUAUUAUCACAAAACUACUCCUGACCGGUUCAUUUGUGAUAAAUGUGGAAAAGGUUACCGAGUACGAUUCAUGUUGGAAAGACACGAAAAAAAGGAGCACGGAAGCGGCGAAAAAGACUUUGAGUGUAGAAUUUGUGGCAAGAAAUUUUUUGAGAAAAUGCGUCUUAACACUCACAUAAAAAUAACCCACAACAAAAUCAAGCCAUACAAAUGCGAAUUUUGCGGCAAAGACUUUGGUAGACGCACCCAGUUUGUCACCCACCAACUGGUGCACACCAAAGAAAACCGUUUUCAUUGCCAAGUUUGCGGCAAAGGGUUCAAAAUCAAACAAUCCAUGCAAACCCAUUUGAAAGGGAUUCAUGGCAUCGAAGAGGAGAAAACAAUUUUUUGUAAAAUAUGCCAAAAGGGAUUUUCCACGCAACAAGGUCUCAGAGCUCACAUCAACUCAAGGGUACACGGUUUGGAAAAAUGUGCACAUUGUUCAGAAUUUGUUACACUGGAGUUUAGAAGUGUACAUUUGAAGGAGAUUCAUGGAAUUGAUUGUGAAUAGAUCUGUUAAUCACAGAAAUCAUUGUUUUAUUUAAUAUUUUUAUUACUGAAACAUGGUUGAACACACACAUACCAAGACUCUUUGAUUGGUUUACAUAGACAUUAUUCAGAAAGGAUUGCGCAACCAUAAUUGACCAUGGGCGAAUGAAGAAAGAUGGAGGGGUGGGUAUCUAUAUUUCAGAAAUUGUAUCCAGGGCCAUCAACUAUCAAGUCUCCUGUGUGAGUCAAGAAUAAUUUAAUGUUGGGCUAACUGUGGUGGAUAGUGUUUUUGUCGACCUGAGGUUUGGUAUUGCAUGUCCGGCUGCUGGUGGAGUGUAUUUACCAACCUCUUGGAUGUUUGUCUGAGGAUAAAAACUUGAUUAUGGAUAUGCUAAACAGGCCAAACAAUUUUUUUACCACAAUAAUUUAUGGUGAUUUUAAUUAUCCUGAAAUAGAUUGGUCCAUCGGUAAAGUGACUAAACGUAGUGUUCCUACUGAAGAAUUUUUACUGGCCUCCCAGGAAUCAAGACUGCAUCAGUUAAUCGACUUCAAUACUCAUUUUCAGGAAGUCUGCGAAGCACCCACUGUUUACGUUUCCGUGGGUGCUCAACCCUACUUCCAGUUGUCAAAACUGUAAAAAGACAAAAAGACCACUGGAAGGGCGACUACGACGCCAUACAUUAUUUUCUUGAGCAAUGGGCACAACAACAGCACAACCUAUUAUGAUAACUUUAUCGAAAUAGUGGACUACAUAUCAGAAGUUUAUGUGCUUCUUCAGCGUCAAGUGGAGACCUUUAAAAAACAGUAGAUUACUAGAUAGAGCUCAUGUAAAAUUGAUAAACCAAAAAAGAAAAACAUGACAUUUGUAUAAAUUUUUUCGUGAGAAUUGUGGUCUACAGGCAUACAAUGUGCUAAAAAAGCGAAUCACCUAAACAUUAAGAAAUGCUCGGUCGACUUUUGAGAGCAGUCUCCUAGAGCAAGGACCAAGAAGGUUCUACCAGUAUAUCAACCGUUCACUUCAAUCUAGGCUCCAAAACUUUGUCUCAAGAGAUUCAGACAACCAUCUUGAGUCUGAACCACAAAGAGUUCAGCAAUCAAUUUGAUAGAGUAUUUAUACACGAAGAUACAACAACUAUACCACAACUUCCCGCAGCCAGACGGUCAGGACCCACACUUGAAAAUAUUAUUUUUACCCCAUAGAAGGUGGAAAAGGUGCUGCUUGAUCUGAAGCUCUCUGCCAGUCCAGGACCUGAUGAUGUAUCCAUAAUAUUGCUACAAAACUGCAGUGUAACCAUGAGUGGAAUCCUUGCGAGAAAAUUGUCAGAAUCAUUUACAGAUGGCACAGUCCCAGAGGCGUGGAAAAAUGCAAUUGUCAUUUCGAUCUCGUUUAUUUCGUUUAUUUAGCAAUAGCUAAUCGUGCAACUUACAUAUAUAAAUUCACAAAAGUUAUAAUUAGUGUAUAGUAUAGAAAGACAAAAUGUAAUUUAAAUUCAAAAUACA